AUGCCCAUGCAGCUGCUCGAAUAUGACCAACAACGGCUCAACGCGCUCCUUCCACGUGGAGACUGCAAUGGCGCGGCGAACUCGAGUUUGGCUCACAUCCGAAUUCACUCUCCACCCCGCAAGCCGCUACCUGCCGCCCAUAGCAACUACAACAGCAACUACAGCCAUGCUGGCCCGCAACUCGCUCCGACUACCCAAGGCCGCUGCCGCUGCAUCAGCUCGUCCACGCCCGCGCGCGUACUACAGCAGACGCCCGCCACCUCCAAGACGAGCGUGCCGCCGGUCUCCCAGGGCGAGAAGGCCUGGUGCGACAUCUACGGUGUGGACUACGAGAAGCAGAUCCAGGAGGCGCUGCACGAGUCCCCAAGCAGGUCAACUACCCUGAACCCUGCUGUCAAGGCGCAGAGCAAGACCGAUCUUAAAAUGCAAUUGGAUUCGACUCGAAUCCGAGGCUGUACGCGCUCGUUCCACGAGCGCGUUCAGCCGCUCAAUGUGCCGCGCUACUUCGUGGUCCCGCCGACUUCUCCUGGGGGUUAG